UUUUUUUCCGCGGCUGUAUAUACUUCCCCUCCACCAGCAUUCCGGGUGGUUGAAUAUCUCAUUUCUUACCCUUUAUAUUCCCUGACUCUCUUUGCAAACACCUCCUUUCACAAUGCCUCGCUCCAAGCGUGCCAAGAUCGUCCACGAGUCGAAGACCACCAAGAAGUCGCACAAGGAACAGACGAGACGCUUGUAUGCCAAUAUCCGCGAGGCCGUCGAGAAAUAUGAGCAUCUGUUCGUCUUCGAUGUGAACAACAUGCGAAACACCUACCUGAAGGAUGUGCGCACUGAGUUUGCCGACAGCCGCCUCUUCUUCGGCAAAACCAAAGUCAUGGCCGUCGCUCUGGGCCAAAACCCCGAAUCCGAAGCCGCCACGAACCUGUACAAGCUGGCGCCGUACCUGACCGGCGCCGUCGGUCUGCUCUUCACCUCGCGCGACCCGCAGUCCGUGAUCGAAUACUUCGAGAACUUCCGGCCGCUGGACUUCGCGCGCGCCGGCACCGUCAGCACCCGCUCCUUCAGCCUGCCCAACGGCCUGGUCUACUCGCGCGGCGGCGACCUCCCCGCCGACCAGGACGAGCCCAUCAGCCACACCAUCGAGCCCGAGCUGCGGAAACUCGGCAUCCCCACGCGUCUGGUCAAGGGGAAGGUCAUGCUGGAGCUGACCGAGGGGCAGGACUCGUUCCCCAUCUGUCGCGAGGGCGAGGUCCUGGAUUCGAGGCAGACGACGUUAUUGAAGAUGUUUGGCGUCGUGAGCUCCGAGUUCCAUGUGGCGUUGAAGGCGCACUGGACUCGGGAUUCUGGCGAGGUCGAGAUCCUGGAGAAGGGGCAGGGUGGUAUGGAGGUUGAUGGGAACUGAAGGGGUUGGUGAAGGAAGGUGGUUUAGAGAGAAAAAGUUACGCUUGGUUUCGGUUUUUUCUUUUCCUUAUUUUUUUCUUCUUCGAACGAAAUCCCCUGGGCAUUUCAUGGAGUUAGGUAUAGGCGCCUUUCUUGUUUGCUUUGAAAUUAUCUACUUCGAUAUCGGAUUUCAGGUCCUCUUCGUGCCUUUGAUCUUGUGUGCUGGGGGUGGUUUAGACUUGGGUUGAUGAGCGUGACGGACAUAACAUAUUCACCAGAAAGAAAAAAGAAGUAAUCCAGGGACUGCCGAGAUGGGGUUUCAUCUACGUGAUCGCUGCAAGCCGAGAAAUAUCAAAUCAAAUCACAAUCAAAA